CGCAGCUCUCUGGCUCAGGUAGCCGCGUUGGGCUGUGUUCAGUUGAAGUCAGCUAGCAGCGCCUUGCGAAUCGAGUCUGCUUCAUUUAAGCGGCUUGACCUCCAACCACCGGAGCUCGUCACACAGGAGCCGAAGGAAAGGACAAUAUCUCCUGCUCAAAGACCGAACAGAAACGACUCGAACUUCCACUGAUCCAAAGGCAAGAAAGAAAUCGCGCCAGUUAGAGAAAGAGGGGAUUGAAAUACUGAAAAAAAAAGUUGCUGUAAACUCCUAUGAAACUUUACAGAAGUUUCCAUCCUCAGCUAUGAGUGCACGUCAGUGUUAAAUCCGGACCCGGCUGCAAGUGACCGUAAACCAAACGCAAUUAUUUCAGUGUUGGAUGAGUUACUUUGUCGAGCUAAGGGGUACUUGUGUGCACCAAAAGAACCCGUUAGUGGUAACCGGGAACUCGAAAAGAAACCCAAGCGAUCGCAACUCGGUAGACUGGAAGUAAGGGUUGAAUCUGUAUGCUGUCUCUAGACAAGGCUGCUUAGAACAAAACAAAGCCCAAUCGGUGAGAGAAGGUUCUCGUGAGCGCCCUGCGAGCUUUUCCAAGUAAGUUCACGUUUUUUUCUGCAAUUCAUGUGGACAGCUGACGGUGAAAUGGCUGAACCGCCGUGCAAGCAAACCAGGCUCUGACGGACAGGUCUGGUAGACUGAAAUCCUUGCAUGGUGCCGAACAAAUGAAGUGACACUCGAUUUGAAAAGAAACUAGCACUGCUCCUCAUUUACCAAAAGGAAGGUACAGUAUUAAUCAAAAUUAAAAUCUCAGAUUCAGUGCUCGAAAACCCAAAAAGUAACGUGUCAAAAGGCAGGGGUAGGAUAAAAAGGACUCCAGGACGGAAAGUGACAAAUUUGGAGAGAGAGAGAAAAACACCCAGAGUAGGAAGGGACAGAGAUUGGCCGAAUGCGUGUGAGUGGGAAGUAAGUGAGUGGAAGUACUGGCGGAGGAGCGCGGAUCGCUCUGGGCUGGUGUUGCUCUGGAGUUAUGGCUCCCAACCUGAAAGAGGUUCAAUAACAGGUGCAACAUGCUCACACAAGCCAGCUUCAGUCCUCGUACUGACUUGGAAUCCUGAGAACCAAUUGCUCCGUGGUGACUCCGUCGGCAUUUUCAACCGUAAGAGUUUUAUUGCCAUCCAAUACACUGCUUUUCAAGAAAAGCAUUCUGAUUGGUUUAAAGAGCCUUGAAAUUUACCAGUAACUCGGAGCUGAAAAUGCAGAGUGCGGUGGCGGUGCGAUUGCUGGCCCAGGGAGCACUCCAUGCAGGAUUCACCCCGGCCAGGCUCACCAUGACUGGGCUUCGCCUUCUGUUGGCCGCCGCUUUACUAUCCAGUUUUUCCCAGAGUCUGGUUCAGGCAAACUCCUGGUGGUCUUUGGCUAUGAACCCAAUUCAACGGCCUGAGAUGUAUAUAAUUGGCGCCCAACCUCUCUGCAGUCAACUGAACGGCCUGUCGCAGGGGCAGAGGAAGUUAUGCCAGUUGUACCAGGAUCAUAUGGUUUAUAUUGGAGAAGGGGCAAAAACAGGCAUCAGAGAAUGCCAGUACCAGUUCAGACAGAGGCGAUGGAACUGCAGCACCGUAGAUAACACCUCCGUGUUUGGAAGGGUAAUGCAGAUAGGGAGCCGGGAGACUGCUUUCACUUAUGCAAUAUCAGCAGCGGGAGUUGUGAAUGCCAUAAGUCGAGCAUGUCGCGAAGGGGAGCUCUCGACCUGCGGGUGCAGUCGUGCUGCCAGACCCAAAGAUCUCCCCCGAGAUUGGCUGUGGGGCGGCUGUGGAGACAACGCAGAGUAUGGCUAUAGGUUCGCCAAAGAAUUUGUGGAUGCCAGAGAGAGGGAGAAAAAUUAUCGCAAAGGUUCAGAAGAUCAUGCCAGGAUGUUAAUGAACCUGCAAAACAAUGAAGCUGGCAGAAGGGCUGUGUAUAAUCUGGCAGAUGUGGCAUGCAAAUGCCAUGGUGUUUCCGGCUCCUGCAGCUUAAAGACAUGUUGGCUUCAGUUAGCUGACUUCCGGAAGGUGGGUGAUCUGCUGAAGGAAAAGUACGACAGUGCAGCUGCCAUGAAGAUCAACCGCAAAGGGAGGCUGGAACUGGUAAACAGUCGCUUCAAUCCCCCCACUGCAGAUGAUCUUGUUUACCUUGACCAAAGCCCUGACUAUUGUGUGAAGAAUGAGACCACGGGCUCACUAGGCACUACAGGCCGCCUUUGUAACAAGACUUCAGAGGGAAUGGAUGGCUGUGAGCUAAUGUGUUGUGGACGGGGCUAUGACCAGUUCAAGACUAUGCAAGUCGAAAGAUGCUAUUGUAAAUUCCAUUGGUGCUGUUAUGUCAAAUGCAAAAAGUGCACCCAAAUAGUUGAUCAAUUUGUUUGCAAAUAAUUUAACUAAAAAAAGCCUUCUGAUAUAAUGAGUGCCCGGGAAGUCUACACUUAUCCAAAGCACUACUGCUAAUAUGGUGAAUGUAUGCAUCCUCAGACUUCAGAAGAGAAACAGAAUCACUUACCAGAUAAAAUGAACAACUUUAUAAUCACUUAAUAUAUAUUAUAUAUAUAUAAAAAAUUAACUGGAUCUAGUUACUGCACUCUGCCUUUGGCCUCUCAGGCUCUCCUUGUACAA